GGUGGUUGGCAGUGACGCGCGCGGGUCGGGUGAGCUCCUGUGACACGAGAUCGGGCAUUAUCGACACCAGGGGGAUCGGUGAUACCCCAACAAUGGCGCUCCGGUGGGCGCUUCUAGUCGCCUUGGCCGCAGUGCCCGCGGAGCCCGCGUCGAUGGCAUUCGGCUCCGGAGGCCGACACGCCCCGGUCAAUAUGGCGACGGGCCGGCACCUCCCCGACGACUGGAGCCAGUACGAGGAAUGGAAACAGCAGCAGCAGCAGCAGCAGCAGCAGCAGCAGGGCUCCUCCUGGCAGUCGCAGGGCAGCUGGUCCUCCGGGUCCUCCUGGGGACACGGCUCCGGGUCCACGCAGAGCGGGUCCUGGAUCCAGGGCAGCGGCACAGGGAACAUUGGCAGCGUGGUCAGCGCCAACGGCACCGUAAUCAGCAGCGGCAGCAGCAGCAGCGGCAGCAGCAGCAGCAGCUCGGCGACAGCGAGCGACGACUCUGCGCUGCCGUGUCCCGGCCCCGGCCCCGGCACGGAGUACUUCACCUAUCCCGGCAACUGCGCCAAGUUCUACCGCUGCGUGCCGCAGUCGGUGGACGGCACCGUCUUCAAGGCCUUCAGCUUCGACUGUCCGCCCGGAACCGCCUUCGACGCCGCCAACGAGCUGUGCAACUUCCCCGAGGCCAUCGAGCCCAAACCCGACUGCGUCGCCGGAGCCGGAGCCUCGGGAUCCGGAGCGACCGGAGGAUCUGGCAGUACAAGUGGAUCUGGCAGUACUAGUGGAUCUGGAAGUACUAGUGGAUCUGGAAGCACUAGUGGAUCUGGAAGUACCGGAGGAUCGGGUAGUACUAGUGGAUCUGGCAGUACUAGUGGAUCUGGCAGCACUGGUGGAUCCGGUGCCACUGGCGGUUCUGGAAGCACUGGAGGAUCAGGUAGCGCCGGCGGGUCUGAAAGUGUCGGAGGUUCCGGUAGCACUGGAAGCACUGGUGGAUCUGGAAGUACUGGUGGAUCCUCAAGCACUGGAGGUUCUGGAAGCACUGGCGGAUCUGGCAGCACCGGUCAAGCUCAGUCCUCUGAGGUGAUCGAGGGUGCUGGCCAGCCGUCCUCACAGCCGUGCCCCGGAGCCGGGUUCUUCGCCUACCCGGGGGACUGCGCAAAGUACCUGCGCUGCUGGGACCGGUUCGGCACGGGCCAGAUGGUGGCCUUUGAGUACACCUGCGCCGAGGGACUGGUGUUUGACGAUCAGCUCAGUGUGUGUAACUGGCCCAGCGCCGUCAGCAGGCCAGACUGUGCCGCCGGAGCCGGGGGAAGCAGCGGAGGAACUGCGGGAACUGGAGGAACAGGAGGCACUGGAGGCACUGGAGGUACCGGAGGUACUGGAGGAACCGGAGGAACUGGGGGCACCGGAGCUACUGGAGGAACUGGAAGCACCGGAGGUACUGGAGGCACAGGAGGUACUGGAGGCAUCGGAGGCACUGGAGGAACUGGAAGCACCGGAGGAACUGGAAGCACCGGAGGAACUGGAGGUACUGGAGGUUCUGGAGGAACUGAAGGAACUGGAGGUUCUGGAGGCACCGGCGGAACUGGAGGUACUGGAGGAACUGGCAGUACUGGAGGAACUGAAGGUUCAGGAAGCACCGGAGGCACUGGAGGUACUGCAGGAACUGGAGGUACUGGUGGUACUGGAGGUACUGGUGGUACUGGAGGUACUGGUGGUACUGGAGGUACUGGUGGUACUGGAGGUACUGGUGGUACUGGAGGUACCGAGGGAGCUGGAGGUACUGGAGGAACUGGAGGCACUGGAAGCACCGGUGGAAUUGGAGGUACUGGUGAAACUGGAGGUACUGGUGGCACUGGAGGUUCUGGAGGAACCGGAGGUACUGGAGGAACUGGUGGAACUGGCAGUACUGGAGGAACUGAAGGUUCAGGAAGUACUGGAGGCACUGGAGGUACUGCAGGAACUGGAGGCACUGGAGGCACCGGUAGCACUGGAGGAACUGGCAGUACUGGAGGCACUGGUGGAACUGGGGGAACUGGUGCAGCUGGAGGUACUGGUGGUACUGGAGGUACUGGAAGCUCUGGAGGAACCGGAGAAACUGGAGGGACCGGAGGUUCUGGCAACACCGCGGACUCUGGCGCGAACGGAGGACAAUUCACCUGCACCCAGGCCGGUUUCUUCCCGAACGAAGACUGCAAAAAGUUCUACGAGUGUGUUGACUGGAACGGCGACGGCUCCCUGUUCGGCGUCUUCACCAAGGACUGUCCGCCGGGAACCAUGUUCGACGCCAACAUGAACGACGGCCUGGGCGGCUGCAACUUCCCCAGUGCCAUCGAGCCGCCGCCGGCCUGUCUGGGAGAGACUGGAGCGGAAGGAGGCACUGGAACCGGAGGAAGUGCAGGAGCUGGAGGAACUGAUGGUUCUGGAGGAAGCUCUGGAACUGGAGGAGGCGAGGGAACUGUAGGUACUGCUGGAGCUGGAGGAAGUGCUGGAACUGCAGGAACAGCUGGAAUUGGAGGAAGUACCGGUACUGGAGGAAGCGAGGGUACCGGAGGAACUUCUGGUACUGGAGGCAGUGCUGGUACUGAAGGAAGCGCAGGCACUGGAGGAAGUGCUGGAACUGGGGGAACUGCUGGUACUGGAGGCAGUGCUGGUACCGGAGGAGGUGCUGGAACUGGAGGAACUGCUGCAACUGAAGGAAGCGCCGGAACUGGAGGAACUGCUGGAGCCGGUGGCUCUGAGCUCGAAGGCUCUGGCGAUAUUGAAGGAUCUGGUGUGACCGGUGGCACUGGAGAAAUUGAAGGAUCUGGGGACAUCGAAGGCUCUGCAUCGAGCGGCGAAGGACAGUUUACCUGCACCCAGGCUGGGUUCGUCCCGCAUGAAGACUGCAGAAAGUUCUACACUUGCGUGGACUGGUUCGGCGACGGCAGCUCCUUCACAGUCUACACGCAGGACUGCGCCCCGGGAACCAUGUUCGAUGCCAACAUGAACGACGGGGACGGCGGCUGCAACUUCCCCGGUGCCAUCGAGCCGCCGCCAGCCUGUCUCGGAGAGGCUGGAGCAGAAGGAGGCGCUGGAACCGGCGGAAGUGUAGGAGCUGGAGGAGGCGAGGGAACUGGAGAAACUGCUGGAACUGAAGGAAGUGCCGGAACUGGAGGAACUGCCGGGACUGGAGAAAGUUCUGGAACUGGAGGAGGCGAGGGAACUGGAACUGCCGGAACUGGAGGAAGUGCUGGAACUGGAGCAAGUGCUGGAAAUGGAGGAAGUGCUGGAACUGGAGGAAGUGCUGGUACCGGAGGAUCAUCUGGAACUGGAGGAACUGAGGGCACUGGAGGAGGUACGGGCUCUGGAAGUGCUGGAACUGGAGGAAGUUCUGGAGCUGGAGGAAGCGAAGGUACCGGAGGAACUUCUGGAACUGGAGGAAGCGAGGGAACUGGAGGUACUGCUGGAACUGGAGGAAGCGCUGAAACUGGAGGAACUGCUGGAACUGGAGGAAGUUCUGGAGCUGGAGGAAGCGAAGGUACCGAAGAAACUUCUGGAACUGGAGGAAGCGAGGGUACUGGUGGUAGUUCUGGAACUGGAGGAACUGCUGGAGCCGGUGGCUCUGAGGUCGAAGGCUCUGGCGACGUUGAAGGAUCUAGCGUGACCGGUGGCACUGGAGAAAUUGAGGGCUCUGGGGACAUCGAAGGCUCUGCAUCGAGCGGCGAAGGACAGUUUACCUGCACCCAGGGUGGAUUCUUCCAGCAUGAAGACUGCAAAAAGUUCUACGAGUGUGUUGACUGGAACGGCGACGGAUCACUGUUCGGCGUCUUCACCAAGGACUGUCCGCCGGGAACCAUGUUCGACGCCAACAUGAACGAAGGUCUGGGCGGCUGCAACUUCCCCAGUGCCAUCGAGCCGCCGCCCGCCUGUCUGGGAGAGACUGGAGCGGAAGGAGGCGCUGGAACCGGAGGAAGUGCAGGUACCGGGGGAACUUCUGGAUCUGAAGGAAGUGAGGGUACCGGAGGAUCUUCUGGAACUCAAGGAAGUGCUGGGACCGGAGGUACUGCUGGAACUGGAGGAAGUGCUGGGACUGGAGGAAGUGCUGGGACUGGAGGAAAUUCUGGAACUGGAGGAAGCGAGGGCACUGGAGGAAGCGAGGGCACUGGAGGAAGUACAGGCUCUGGAGGAACUGCUGGCACUGGAGGAAGUGCCGGAACAGGAGGAAGCGAAGGCACCGGAGGAAGUGCCGGAACUGGAGAAGGUGCUGGAGUCGGUGGCUCCGAGCUCGAAGGCUCUGGCGAUAUUGGAGGAUCUGGUGCGACCGGUGGCACUGGAGAAAUUGAAGGCUCUGGCGACAUCGAAGGUUCUGGAUCGAGCGGCGAAGGACAGUUUACCUGCACCCAGGGUGGAUUCUUCCCGCACGAAGACUGCAAAAAGUUCUACGAGUGCGUUGACUGGAACGGCGACGGUUCCCUGUUCGGCGUCUUCACCAAGGACUGUCCACCGGGAACCAUGUUCGACGCCAACAUGAACGAAGGCCUGGGCGGCUGCAACUUCCCCAACGCCAUCGAGCCGCCGCCAGCCUGUCUCGAAGAGGCUGGAGCGGAAGGGGGCGCUGGAACCGGCGUAAGUGCAGGUACUGAGGGAAGUGCAGGAGCUGGAGGAGCUGCUGGAACUGAGGGAAAUGCUGGAACCGGAGAAACCGGCAGCUCUGGCACCGGUGGCUCUGAGGUCGAAGGUUCUGGCGAUCUUGAAGGCUCCGGUGAGACUGGUGGUACCGGAGAAGUUGAGGGCUCCGGAGAAAUUAUAGAGGGCUCUGGCGACGUUGAAGGCUCCGGCGACAUCGAAGGCUCUGCAUCGAGUGGCGAAGGACAGUUUACCUGCACCCAGGCUGGAUUCUUCCCACAUGAAGACUGCAGGAAGUUCUACACUUGCGUGGACUGGUUCGGCGACGGCAGCUCCUUCACAGUUUACACGCAGGACUGCGCCCCGGGAACCAUGUUCGAUGCCAACAUGAACGACGGGGACGGCGGCUGCAACUUCCCCGGUGCCAUCGAGCCGCCGCCAGCCUGUCUAGGAGAUGCUGGAGCGGAAGGAGGUGCUGGAACCGGCGGAAGUACUGGAACUGGAGGAAGCACUGGAACCGGAGGAAGUGCCGGGUCUGGAGGAAGUGCCGAGUCUGGAGGAAGUGCUGGUACCGGAGGAUCCUCUGAAACUGAAGGGAGCGAAGGUGCCGGAGGAACUUCUGGAGCUGGAGGCAGCGCUGGAGCCGGUGGCUCUGAGGUCGAAGGCUCUGGCGAUGUUGAGGGCUCCGGCGAGACCGGUGGCAUUGGAGAAGUUGAGGGCUCCGGAGAAAUUGAGGGCUCAGGGGACAUCGAAGGCUCUGGGGACAUCGAAGGUUCUGCAUCGAGCCCCGAAGGACAGUUUACCUGUACCCAGGGUGGAUUCUUCCCGCACGAAGACUGCAGAAAGUUCUACGAGUGCGUUGACUGGAACGGCGACGGCUCCCUGUUCGGCGUCUUCACCAAGGACUGUCCGCCGGGAACCAUGUUCGACGCCAACAUGAACGACGGCCUGGGCGGCUGCAACUUCCCCAGUGCCAUCGAGCCGCCGCCGGCCUGUCUGGACGGAGCCGAGGGCGCCGUGGAAGGAUCGGGAGAGGAGGGCGAGGGAGGAACUGCUGGAGGAACUGGCGAAGGGUCUACUGGUGGAUCUACAGGAACGGGUGGAGAAUCAGCCACUGGAGGAUCUACUGGAACGGGUGGAGAAUCAGCCACUGAAGGAUCUACUGGAACUGGCGGAGAGACAGCUACUGGUGGAUCUUCCGGAACUGGCGGAGAGUCGACCACUGGAGGUUCUACUGGAACGGGUGGAGAAUCAGCUACUGGCGGUUCUACAGGAACGGGUGGAGAAUCAGCCACUGCAGGAUCUACUGGAACUGGAGGAUCUACCGGAUCUGGCGGAGAGUCAGCUACUGGAGGAUCUACAGGAACUGGUGGAGAAUCAGCCACUGGAGGAUCUACAGGAACUGGUGGAGAAUCAGCCACUGGAGGAUCUACAGGAACUGGUGGAGAGACGGCCACCGGCGGCUCUGGCGAAUCUAGCAGUGGAUCCGGCAGUGGAUCUGGCAGCAGUUCCGGCGGCUCCGGCAGCUCUGAGGAGUUCUCUCUGACCUGCGGCCGCUCCGGCGCGCUGCGCCACCCGGUGUUCUGUAACCAGUUCUACCGGUGUGAGUGGAGCGGAAAGCUCUGGUCGUUCGUGGUCGGCGCGUGCUCCGACGACCAGAUCUACGACGAACAGCAGCAGACCUGCGUCCAACGACCGGCCGGGGAGACGUGUAUGGCCAUGGGUUUUGGCCUGCCGAGCGGAGACGGGGACGGCGCCCUGCCCGGCGGGGUGCUCCCCGACGGCACCUUCCCCGGCGGAGAACUGCCCGACGGCGUCGAGAGCGACGGUGAAGGCGUCGUUAUCGACGGAGAGACGGUGCAGAUCCCCGGCAGCUUUGCCAACGACGACACUGAGGACUUCACCUGCAGUGCGGAAGGAUUCUUCGAGUUCCCGGGUGACUGCGCACACUUUUACCGCUGCGUGACGCUCGACUCCGGAGAUCUCACCACUCUUCUGUACAAGUGUCCCGAGCGGUACGUGUACGACCCGAGCCAGCGACGCUGCGAGUCCGUCGCCCGGGCGCCCGCCUGCGUCACAGACUCCUCUGCGGUGCUCGAGCUCCGGACGCCCCUCUUCGUGCAUCAACUCCAGGAGAGUCAGCUCAAAUCGUUCUUCCGGCGCCCCGCCAACCCCCUGCUGAGGAUCGGCGGCGGCAGCGACGACGGCAUGCCCUACUACGAGAUGAACGGCCUGCGCAGGGCCAGGGGCGCCUAUUCUCCCUAACUUACUGCCACCUAUCGGCAUGACGCGGAACUAUAGAUUCCGUCUCGGGCCGCUGCCGUUUGCGGAGCUGCCGUCGUGAGGGGACCAUUUAACGCCCUAAAUUCGGGGCGGUAUUUAUUAUUAUUGAUCUGAGUUGGCAAAGUGGGCAUUUCGAGCAUUUUUAUAUCGCGUACACGCUCGAAUGGUGGCCGUUUGGCCGGGACAUUUAACGCUAUACUUGUGCCAACUCGUCGGUGUGUGGUAGGAAGUGUGGACGCCAACGCGUGAAAUUCUCAUGGACAAAAUGCGGCAUUAAAAUACCUGACAUGACGAACAGAAAGUGAGAUGAGAUUAGACCUAUGUGCCGUUGGUAAAGUUCAAUAUUCGUGGCAUUAUUGACAAUCACGAUAUUUUGAUCCAGGUUAUUAUUCUUGUUAAGAUUAGAGUCCCCACUGAGGUGGACCAGUUUGCUGAAGCUCGUGCGCCGGCGAAGUGUAUAGGUAUGUCUGUGUGUGUAUUGUAUGUGUGUGGCGGUCGGCCUAUCUCCCCGUCCCGAGCCGCCGUCCACGCUGUGAUGAGAUGUGAUGUGAUUAUAUGUGACGGUAAGGGUGUAUUCGCGGUCCGACGGCCAUCCGCUAACCUUAGGUCGAGGUAUCCCAGGUAUACAGGGCAUCAGCUGUGUGUGAGCGGGCUCACACACAGCCGAAUAAAGGCGUGAAAUGUGA